AACUCAGGAAGAUAUAUCGUUAUCGAAUAUUCUAUUCUCUAAUCUUAUGCCAGUGAUGGUGUUAAAAUUUCGAGGACAUUAUUUGUCUGUUUUAGUGUCUAUUCUGGUGACACAGUUUCCUAUCGUACUUUCGGAGUUAAAAUUGAACACUAUUUCAAAGAGAAGUGCUCCUGGACAAAAGUCAUGGUGGGCCAAGGAGAUAACGUCAGAUAUAUAUGUGGCAGGUAGACUCUCAGAAAGAGAAAUAAAGUACGCUGCAGAGGCCGGAUUUAAAAGUAUCCUGUCAUUGUUUCCAUAUGCUGAUGACGAAGGGUAUGAUUUCGGGGGUGAAUAUUUACCUACCACUAAAGAAGCUAAACAAAUUGCUGAACUCGCUGGUCUGCAAUAUACCACUGCGCUAGGCCCAUAUGAUGACUGGGCACAGUUUGAAUCGGUCCAAAAAGUGGGCAGCAUCUUAUCAAAUUUGCCUCGGCCAGUAUUGGCGCAUUGUGACAGGGGGUACACAAUAUCUUUUGAUGUCAUUAUGUACCUGGUCAACAGAACAAAACUUGAAUCCAACUUUACACCAAAAGUUGAUGCCAAGAAAUUUUUCGACAUGACAAAAGUAUUAGGCAUGGAUUUCAACAUGGACUGCGUCAAAGACACUCUGGCAACCAUUACAGGUGAUAAGGUUAAAAGUGAAUACAUCCCAGAGCUGGAGAAUGAGCCUGAGGAAUGGUACGACUAUUGGCAUGCCGCUCCUGUCUAUAAGAAUUGGUAUACUGCAGGACAGAUAUUGACAAGUCAUAUCAGCAUGAUCAAACAGGCUGGCUUUAAAGCUGUAGUUAAUCUACGUACACAAAGAGAGACAGUCACGCUUCUCAAUGUUAAGGAUGUGCCGUGUAAACCUGUGGAAAACUCUGACCUAGAAUUGCGUCAAAGUAUCAACUCACUGAAAGCAAAUGUCAUAGACAAGAACAAACCCAACACCUACAUCUCCCCUGAAUCGCCAUACAACUUUGCCACCAGUAACCCCGCUGAAUUUGGAGACGAGACAGGAUAUAAUGAGAACCUAGAGAAAGAGGCAUUCCAAAAACACAACUUUCCUUACUACUUCAUGCCAUUAGAUACUAACAUUCCAUUUACGACCAAAUGGUUUGAGAUGUACAAAGACCAACUGUUAGAGGCAGGGAAGAAAGGACCGGUCCUGGUACAUUGCUGUAAGGCUCUUAGAGCAGGUUACGUGGCCGUUCUGGCUGCAGCUGUUCAACACAAUAAAGAUCUGACCUGGGCCCUCCAGAGACUGGCGGAGCUCGGACUGGAGGUGGGACCUAAUAACAGGAAAGACGUCCUGCAUACCUACAAGGCGGUCUUAGACCCGGAGAAUAUUAACGUGACAGGCAGAGAAGAUCUGUAGAAACAAACCACCGCGUUAGGAUAAUCUAAAAUAUUGAUUAAAAAAGUAAUAUUUGUGCCAUGUUUUACCAUUAUCUAUUGAAAAUAUUGCUCAUGUGCCAUGUUUGACCAUUAGCUGAUUUUUUUUUUUUACUUUUGAUAUUGAUUGUAAAUUUCACAUGAUUGUUGUAUAAAAGGGAAAACAUUUAAAAAAGAUAAUUAAAAAAGGAAAAAUCGUG